UGACCCAAUUCCAAAGGAAAUGCAAGAUCUACGUCCCGUGAACAACUUCCCCGCGAUGUCAAAAGCUUGGCCUAUUCGGCCUUUCAUCGAAUGAAUAAAGAAAACGAAACGAAAUACGUAAAAAACCACUCCCAUUCCCGGGCUGUAUUUCCCAAACCGGCAUCAUGAUACCCGCCGGGGCCCUCUUCGCCGGCGGCCGGUGCCUAUCUACAGUGGAGUUUUCUGCAGCGUCGCUCCCUUCCUAUUCCAUCGUACAAUAGCAACGCUGUGUCGUAUAAGCGAAAAUCUGGGGUAGAUACGGCCGCCCGCCCGCCUUUGUCUCAAGUACCGUUAUCGCUGGCAGUUAAUAAAGUUAAUUUAUUGUUCACUAUCAUGGUAAGAGAUCAUCCGGUAGAUAAGGCAGACUAGAUGUGUAGUAUUUAAAUACAAGCGUUGCUCUCCUCCUUUGACACUUGAGACUGGGUCCUCAGAUUUACUAGUUGUGUUGACUAUUGCCCAUCAUGUUCUUCAACUGGGACAAGUUUCUCUCGCCAAAGCCGUCUCUAGACGUCCCUGCUCUAGAGACGGUUGAUCUCAACGACAAAGAGAUGGAGAAGAGGAUCGUGAGAAAACAAGAUCUUCGAAUCAUGCCGUGGGUUUGCAUAACAUAUCUCCUCAACUACCUCGACCGUGUCAACCUCGGAAACGCACGAACUCUCAACAAUGACUCCCCAGAGCACAACAUCGUCGAGCAACUCAAUCUUACCGGCCAAAAAUACAACAUCGCCGUCGCUUUAUUCUUCGUACCCUACGUCCUUAUGGAAUUCCCCAGUAAUAUCCUUCUCAAGUACUUUUCGCCGAGUAAAUGGAUUUCACGAAUUAUGGUGUCUUGGGGCAUUGUCACCAUCUGCACUGCUGCGGUGUCGACAUAUGGUGGACUGUUGGCUGUGAGAAUCAUGCUUGGAUUGGCUGAGGCUGGUUUCUUCCCUGGUAUCAUGAUGUAUCUUUGCUUUUGGUACAAGCCUGAGGAGAGAGCUACGCGAAUGGCCAUCUUUGCUUCGAGUGUUGCUGUUGCGGGUGCUUUUGGUGGAAUUCUUGCCACGGGUAUUUCGUUCCUCAACGGAAAGGCUGGUCUGGCUGGAUGGCAAUGGCUCUUUGUGCUUGAGGGUAUUCCCGCUGUCAUUGUCGGAGUCCUGGUGUGGUUCUUCCUCCCCGACUACCCCCAAACCGUCUCAUGGCUCUCCCCCGAAGAACGCGCCUUUGCCGUCAAGCGUCUCGGCCCCUAUGCCCCCUCCAUGAACGACAAGCACUGGGACAGCAAAGUCGCCAAAGACACCGUCGCCGACCCCUUCUUCUGGCUCUUCGCCAUCGCCUACUUCUUCAUGGCCAACUCCCUCAACGCCUUCGGAUACUUUGCUCCCUCCAUCGUCGCGUCUCUCGGCUUCAAGGGCUACAAGGCUCAGCUUCUCACCGUUCCUCCCAAUGUCUUUGCUGUGUUCAUCAUUGUGGGCAAUUGUCUGCAUAGUGAUAAGACCAAGGAGCGCUCGAAGCAUGUUAUGGGUGGUUUGGCGUUUGUUGCGACGGGUUAUUUGCUCCUUGCUGUUGUUAAGCAUUGGGGAGCGAGAUAUUUCGCUGUUUGCAUUAUUGCUUGUACGAACGCCGCUGUUCUUCCCUUCGUUGCUCACCGAACUGCCACCGUCCGAGGCUCGACUGCCACAGCUCUCGCAACAGGAGGAAUGAUCGCCAUCUCCAACACCGGCGGCAUCACAGCACCUUUCCUCUUCCCCUCCAGCACAGGACCCAUGUACUCAAUGGGUAACUGGACCGUUUUCGCAUUCCUCAUCGCUGCUGCUUGCAUCACUGGCUACGUGUGGUAUGUCUUUGGUGCUCACAGUGGUUACCGAACUGGUGAUGCUACUGAGACUGGACACUUUGAGGUUCUGGAUGUUGGUGACAAUGAUCCCAACCAGGUUAUGGACCAGGCUAUGGAGAAUGAGAAGGCCAAGGAUAAGAUUAAGGCUAUGGAUAUGGCUUAAAAUGUGUUUGAGGCUGAAAAGUUAUGAUUAAUAUGAGAUAGCAGCGGUUAAGGGAAUGAUACAACUUAUGAUGACUUCAUUCGUAGAUGAUGAGAAUAUUCAGAUAAGUAUGGCAAUUUAGGAUGAAGCCGAAAAGAACUAGGACAUUUUAUGAUGAUAA